AUCCCACAAAAGCCACACCCCGACGCAAGAUGGGACGGAGCACCUGGACGGCCCAGAGCUGCCGGCCCGGCCGACGUGUAUGCGCUGCCAAUCCUCCGCCCGCCACUGUGGGGGUUAUCCGGAUCUGGGACGCAGUAUCCUCCCCACCGGGGCAUUCGUGGGAUGGCACGAGCGAUCUCUACUACUGGAACAGAACCAAGCACAACUCGUCGCCCAUUUCCUGGGCGAUUAUCUCCCUCCAGAAGGCUCAGUUCCCACCAGGCACCAAUCCCCUGUCUACUGGGCGGAGCUCUUCCCGACCUUUCUCCACUCGCAGUCCCCGGUCAUCAAGGCAUCUCUCUCCGCUUUGACCCUGAUACACCUUGCCAAGUCUCGACACGACGACGCGCUGGCUCAUCGCAGUCGACAGCAUUACAGGCAAGCCGUGCAGCAGAUAUGCGCGCUGAAAGGGAAGGAUGACCCCAGCCAUCUCAUUCGCACGGCCAUGAUUCUCGCACUCUACGAGCUUUACGCACAGCCGCCAGGUCAAGGCCACGCAUGGAAUGUCCAUGUCACGGCCGCCUGCAACUUGGCCCGUGAACAUCGCGCGGCGAUGUUGAACAACCAGGACCGACAGCGACUACGUACAAUCGAGUUUCUCCGCAAGUGUGUCAAUGUCUCGGAUGGGGUUUCUGCGGUCAACCGCUCGCCUAUGGGGCUGUCCACGGACAGGUUUGACCUGCUUUUGGAUAUUCUCUCCGAAAUUGGUCAACUACGGAGCGGUCUACGACAUCAAAUCGCUCGCAACGGUGUCACGUGGGACUCCACUGCUUGCCUGCUAAUGACGUCCGCGUGUCUGGAGAAUCAGCUUUUGAGCUGGUAUCACAAGUGGCAGUCGGAGACCAACCAUCCCCUCUUCACGAUCAGAUCGACUACAGUGCCACCCGCGGCAAUGCACCCAAGACAGCCGGAAGAGACGAUGUUUUUCACGGACCCCUCGGGAAUACCGCACCUGCUACUGUACUGGUUGGGACUGGUAUUACUUUACGCGACGGUAGCGGAGACACUGCGAGGAUUGACCUCGGAGCAGGUUCGGUCAAGAACUAUUCAGCAGCGACUGACCAAGGCUGACGCGCUCUGUCAUCACUUUGCUACCCGCCUCGCCCAGUGCCAGUCAGGAUGUACGGGCAAGGGGACGGGAACUGCUAUAUUGGCGGCAGCGGCCUGGCAAGCUGCGCAAUCAGUCCGUGCAGUGAGCUAGCCUUGAACAUGUGUCCUGGCAAUAGAUGUCAGGGAUCUCUAUUGGUUAUCCAUGGAUAUACUUCAGCGACACAGCACCUCUCAACACGCCACAAUGAUCAAUACUC